AUGACCGGCUAUUCAUGCCUCCAUCACUUCGAUGGCCUCCAUUCCAUGAUCUAUAAGUCCAAGAAUACGGACGGUAGCUUAGUGGCUGUCAAGGUCACUAUACCUCAUCUGUUAACCCCACCACAUGAUGCCAAACGUGAGGUUCAACUGCUUCGCGAGGCGGCUAGUCCUCGCGUAGUGCCCUUGCUGGAAACUGUCAGCCUAGACGAAGGGCGAUUGAUUCUCGUAUUUCCCUUCAUGAAAUAUGACUUGGAGCAACUACUUCGACGAGAUGCAUUGACUGCGGCGCAGACCAGGUCUCAUCUGCGGGACUUGUUCAGCGCAUUAGCACAUAUUCACGAGCUGGGAAUCAUACACCGAGACAUCAAGCCUUCCAAUAUACUGCUUGACUCUCCUGAGGGACCGGCCUACCUCGCAGACUUUGGUAUUACAUGGAAGGAAGGAAGUAUGGGAUCUGAGCCCGCGGAUCAAAAAAUCACAGAUGUUGGAACCACCUGUUACCGCCCCCCUGAGAUCCUAUUUGGGUUCAAGGGAUAUGGAACUGCUCUUGAUCUUUGGGCAGCCGGUUGUGUUGUUGCCGAAGCGGUGGCUGUUGGGCACACACAGUUAUUCGACUCGGGACCUGUUGGAAGUGACCUCUCAUUGAUCCAGUCAAUCUUUACGACCCUGGGGACCCCGGAUGAAAAGACCUGGCCUGAGACGCAGUGUCUCCCAGACUGGGGGAAGGUGGAAUUCUACAAGUACCCUGGCAAACAAUGGGACGAGAUCCUUAGGGGGGCUUCUACCAAAGCCCGCGGCCUUGUCAGCGAACUGGUGCGCUAUGAGAGCGGUCAGCGGCUGUCCGCAAAAGAGCUACAGCUAUGGAGCUGCCAACGCCCAUCAGGCAUUAGCCUCGGUAGUAAGGCCAAAGAGCCUGGGGACUCCUGA